UGGGCCAGCCUGGCACGACAUUUCUCCCGCCUCUUUUUCCCUUCUGGCAACCCUGCAACCCGCCUCUUAGCCAAUUCCCAACCAACCUCCCCGCUGCCGGCCGAUUGCACACCCUAGUGCACCGACGCCCAACUUGCUAGCUGCUGGAGAGCAUUGCAAGACCAGAAAAGAAGAGACCGAAGGGGAAGACUUUGUUCUGCCCUGCCAGCUACCUUGGCCAUGGCUGCUCAGGGGACCGUGCAAUCAAUCAAGUGCGUCGUCACAGGUGACGGUGCUGUAGGCAAGACAUGCCUGCUCAUCUCAUACACCACAAACGCCUUCCCCGGCGAGUAUAUCCCCACAGUUUUCGAUAACUACUCGGCAAGUGUUACAGUCGAUGGCCGGCCUGUUAGCUUGGGGCUGUGGGAUACCGCCGGACAAGAAGACUACGACCGACUGCGGCCGCUGUCAUAUCCCCAGACCGACGUCUUCCUCAUCUGCUUCUCGCUGAUCAGCCCGCCGUCUUUCGACAACGUCAAGGCCAAGUGGUACCCUGAAAUUGAGCACCACGCGCCCAACAUCCCGAUUGUCCUGGUCGGCACCAAGCUCGACAAGCGGGACGACCCCGAGACGGUCGCCAAGCUCCGCGAGCAGCGCAUGGAGCCCAUCUCGUACGCCAAGGGGAUAGCGUGUGCCAAGGAGAUUGGCGCAUACAAAUACGUCGAGUGCUCGGCCCUGACACAGGUCAACCUGAAGUCGGUCUUUGACCACGCCAUCAGGGCCGUGAUCGAGCCCAAGCCGCCGGCGAAGCAGCAGAAGCCGAAGUCCAAGUGCACAAUUCUGUGAAUUGACCACCUGCGGCGAAGCCUCGACGAACUCUACAGCCCCGCCUCGAGCCUACGAACGACGAAUGACCCUAUAAUGCGAGCACUAUCUAUACCCAAAUAC